AUGGAAUCGGAAGCGGCGAUCAACGCGCUGCGCGAGGAACGAGGGGAGGCCGAGCGCGCUGCCCUGGCUCUCGACCCCAAAGUCAGGGACUUGAGCUCCCACAACGGGCCUGGGGCUUGGACUCGCCCGGCGGCGAGGGACACGGCGUUCUGGUGCGUAGGCUCGCCGAACGGCCACUCGCCCGUGCUCAACUUGUCCAAGAGCGGCGCCGGCGGCGGCGGCGGCAGCGCCGGCGGCGGCGGGGGCGGCGGCUCGGGCUCCGGCGGGGAGCACUCGGGCUCCGAAGCGGGCCACACCGGCCCCGAAGACGAAGACGACGAGGACAAUGUGAGCGACGUCGACGAGGAGGACGAGAAGGAUCAAGGCGAGCUGAGCGACGCCGCCGCCGAGCUGGGCGGCCUCAACAGCGUGCCGGGCAGCGACUCGCAGCACGCCAUCAACUACUCGACGCUGGCGGGCGCGGCGGCGGCUGGAGGCGUGGCCGGCGCCGCCGCCAUGGCCGCCGUCGACCCCAGCAUCUCCAGCACCGAGACGCUGCUGCGCAACAUCCAGGGCCUGCUCAAGGUGGCCGCCGACAACGCCCGCCAGCAGGAGCGCCAGAUCAACUUUGAGAAG